GGACCAGGAAGUGUCUCCCGGUAACAGCAGCAGCUGGUGCGGCAGGAAGCAAGGAGGGGCAGUCUAGCAGGGUACACACGGUUCAUGCAGCAGCAUAAACAAGAGCCUAGAGAUGGAGCACAUCAGGACCACCAAGGUGGAACAAGUGAAAUUAUUGGAUCGGUUCAGUCCUAGCAACAAAUCGACAUCUGGGACGUUGUAUCUGACGGCGACUCACUUACUCUUCAUAGACUCCGUACAAAGGGAGAUCUGGAUAUUACACCAUCAUAUUGCUGCCGUGGAGAAACUCGCCUUGACUACCACGGGCUGCCCCUUGGUGAUACAGUGUAAGAACUUCCGGGUGGUGCAUUUUAUAGUCCCUCGCGAGCGGGACUGCCAUGACAUUUACAACUCGCUUCUCCAACUUUCAAGGCCAGUGAUAUAUGAUGACCUCUACGCGUUUUCCUAUAAUCCAAAACAAAAGGAAGCAGACAGGGUUCUCGGCUGGCAGCUUAUAGACUUGAAAGAAGAAUACCAACGCAUGGGGGUGCCAAACGCCGACUGGCAUCCCACUGAUGUUAAUCGGGACUAUAAGGUAUGUGAUACGUAUCCAAAAGAGCUGUAUGUCCCAGUAACUGCAAGCAAGCCUAUUAUUGUUGGAAGUUCAAAGUUCAGAAGCAAAGGAAGGUUCCCGGUUCUAUCGUAUUAUCACCAAGGGAAGCAGGCAGCCAUUUGUAGAUGCAGUCAGCCUUUGUCUGGCUUUAGCGCAAGGUGUUUGGAGGACGAGCACAUGUUACAAGCCAUUAGCAAAGCCAACCCCUCGUGCCGAUCGAUGUAUGUCAUGGACACAAGGCCAAAGCUGAACGCAAUGGCUAACAGAGCAGCCGGCAAGGGAUAUGAGAACAUAGACAACUACUCCAACAUUAAGUUCCAGUUCGUCGGGAUUGAAAACAUUCACGUCAUGAGAUCCAGCCUGCAAAAGCUCUUAGAAGUCUGUGGGACAAAAGCCUUGUCGGUAAAUGAAUUUUACAGUGGCCUGGAAAACUCAGGGUGGCUGCGACACAUCAAAGCGGUGCUGGACGCAUCGGUCUGCCUGGCUAAGGCCAUACACGAUGAGGGUGCCAGCGUACUGGUCCACUGCUCGGACGGCUGGGAUCGUACGUCUCAAGUAUGCUCUUUGGGGUGCUUGCUGUUAGAUCCGUUUUACAGGACGAUAAAAGGAUUGAUGGUUUUAAUUGAGAAGGACUGGAUUUCAUUUGGUCACAAAUUUUCAGAAAGGUGUGGGCAGCUAGACAGUGAAUCGAAGGAGGUGUCCCCGGUGUUCACACAGUUCCUGGAGUGUGUUUGGCACCUGAUGGAACAGUUUCCACGAGCCUUCGAAUACAAUGAGACGUUCCUCCUUCAGAUCCAUGAACACGUCCAUUCGUGCCAGUUCGGAAACUUCUUAGGAAACUGCCAAAAGGAGAGAGAAGAACUGAGAUUACAGGAGAAGACAUAUUCCUUGUGGGCACAUCUUCUGGACGAGGAAAGCAAGUAUCGCAAUCCUCUCUUCGAUCGGGACUCCUUGAAGACACUUGAAUAUUUGGAACCAAACACAAUACACUUCAAUUUCAAGUUUUGGAGAAACAUGUAUCACCAGUUUGAUCUCUCCAUGCACCCCAGACAGUCUGUCUGUGGUCUCCUUUUAAAGAUGGCCGACGAAAGCAGAGUUUUUGAAGAUGAACUCAAACAACUACAGCUGAAAAUCCGAAACCUGAAGAAGGAAGAGUAUGCAAGCAAUGACUCGAUCUGUCUCACCAUCGAUGCAUCGCCCAAGCUACAAGAAUCUUGUUAUAAGAAGGAGCAAGCGACUCUCCCUGGGAAUAACGCCGUUCGGACUAUAGAGGGCACCAACGCCGCAGACAACCGCUACGCCGAGUAUACAAAGGAGCUGUCUAAAUCCGAGUCCUCCUUUGUCAGUUUGGAGUUUGGAGUGGCUAAGAUGACGGUUACUUAAAAGAUGUCCUGGUGCAAGCUUGAUUUCAGUCUUCGAUAAACUGUCUACUGAUAAUUUAACCUUCAAAACGCAGAAUUCCACCUUUUACAAAAGUGAACAUAUAAAAAAAAAUGGCUUGGGUUAGGCUGAUUGAUUCGUUUAGCCAAAUAUUACAUUGUGUUCCUGGUUGUUUGGGACUGUUUAAAAGGACAUAGAAGAA